AUGAAUACAGGACGCACCACAUUUCUACGACUACCGCUACAGAGGACCUUUGACCCGGAGUCCAUAGCUCGUAUUUACCACCAAGCGUCCAUAAAUGACGUCAAGGCCUCGUUUGAUUGGAGUAAUGUUGUACCCAGCAAGCAACUGCCCAACGCUGCGAGAACACACAAUCGCAACCGGAACACCAGAAAUGUCGAUGAUGUCAGAGAUCCGGAACGUCGGGUCUUAGAUAUUGAAAUUAGGGGCGUCCUUGUCAAACCUGCAGUACGCUUGGCAGGCAAGGACGUGGACUUGCAUGUCUUGAAUGGGGGCGAUGAGCGAGACCUCAACGAGGCCGGGGACGAUCCGCAAGACGAACCCUCAGUUGGCCAGCGUGUUGCGAAGAUCUAUGAGCAGUUUAUCUUUGACGUCAUCGAACAAGCACCCAACAGGAAAUCUAAGCGGGAGGGUUCAUACCUCACCAUCCCUGUCCACAGACGCAUGGAUCUAGCACAGCCGGAGCUGCUACAGAUCCUUGAGCUGCCAUUCGAUCAAGCUCAGUACUGCGUAUGCACGCCAGAUCAGUGGAAAAUGCAUUUUGACCGCAUUUUUCCUUCUUCCGUCCAGGAAGCUCGACUCAGUGGUCAGAAUUUUCCUAGUUGCUCCUACUACAAGAGUUACAUUGCUCUUGCUAGUAGUGUAAGCGUCGCAGAUCUGGUUAAGAUCAGAGAUGUGCUCAGGAAGGAAUUUGAUAAGCUGGCAUGGGCGCCAUGGACAUCGACGGAUCGUAUGUGGGGAACAGGCGCAAAGACCAGUAGAGCAUGGAAAGUGCUUCCUAAGGAGAAAAAAGGUGGCCCGAUGAUCGCCAUCAACCCUCGGCGCCAGAAUCAACGAGUCAGCUUACGUGCGUUUGAUCAACCUAGCGAGGAUAAUGUGACGGACUCUGGGCAGGAGGACUGA